AUGGGAUACUGCUCUAAAAAUGCUUCAACGACCACCCUCGACGAAUUUAGAAGUCGCGAUCCAGUUAUAGAAUCAUUCAGCGUGAGGGCUACGCCCAAAAUGAUCCGACAUACAAACCUCCCAGAAAUCAAUCCCGUCUUAGAUCUAUCACCAAUAACAUUUUAUCUCUAUUCCAUAUCCACUCCAUUACUACAACACAACACUCCUUCCCAAGUCCCUCAAGAAAGCCAGAUAUGGCCCCGAGACGCAUCUACACACGCACCACCAAGUACGACACGUAUCGUCCACAAGACAAAAAAAGGCAAAGGCAAACAACCCGAAGCAAAAAAAGAAGACUUAGGCAAAUACUGCUACGCAAAGGUCACAGCAAAUGUCGCACGUAAAGACGGCUACAUGAUGUUUUAUCAAGCCUGUGGACGUCUCAUCAUACAAAGAAAGUGGGAGAUCAUUCACCGUACGACCUUAUAUUCCGAGGAUGAAAUCAAGGCCGAAGAUGGACACACCAUGUCGGUUCUGGUGAACUCGAGUGGGAGUGAGCCAACCGAAAACGAGAUCUUGGAAAGCUUUUGGAAGGCUCUUGAACCGGCCCGGAAGAACAUCAUGGAACUUAAUCAGAAGCAGUGGGACGUGAUUGAAAAGGUGUUCAAGACCGCUGUAGAGGCUGGUCUUGAGGGGGUCCAAGUGACUCUCUUGAAAGCAAUCGAUGAUCUUUUCAAGAUCGAUUUGCCUGAGGAGGCUAGCAGUUCCAAAGGGGCUUGA